CACUAGCUCCGGUGAUGUGCGGGAUUUUGGACCUGAAGUAGCUCCAUCAUAUGAAGAUGUCUUCACUAGUGGCCUAUGAUGACUCAGAAUCUGGGGAGGAUUCUCCUGAUCAGACAGAGGAGGGAGCAUCUGAUUCUGCCCAGGCUGGACCAUUUAAACUAAAAGAAGAAGUUAGUGUGUGUUGUCCCUCUGGAGUAACACCCAGUUCUCACAGCUUCACACCUGAGUCUGACACUUCAGUUCUGGUACAUCAUGGAAAUACCUCCAAAAGAAAUAGCUGGUCUCUACGGCCGCAGAACUAUUUUGAGUUGGACAGAAAAUACUGCAGUGACAAGACAGCUCGAGAAAACCCUUCUAAAGAUACUGCAGCUCAUCUGAGUGUCCCUGUGAAUCAGGGGAAGAUCUCAGCGUUGCAGGAUGUUCCUCUCAUGCCACAAAGCUUUGGCGGUGAUGGUUUAAAACCAUCAAAAAGACAUCAAACACUCCCCUCUGGUGUUAGACCGUACAUCCCCAAGAGACAGAGACUUGCCACUUCAGUAGAGACAGUGAACCCAGAGUCCCCAGCAGAUCAAGUCCAAGGGAAUCAGACCAGGGAAAGCCAAAUUCUCUCUGAAGUGUCGGCUAGAGUAAAGCCGUAUCUCUCUCACAAGCCUGGAGCAGCAGGGAUACCGAGGAGGCUUCUGAUGAGCCUGGGAGGCCACCAGGGCCCAGUCAACACAGUUCAGUGGUGUCCUGCGCCUCAUAUCAGUCAUCUGCUGCUGUCUGCCUCCAUGGACAAGACUUUUAAGGUGUGGGAUGCUGCAGAGAGCGGGCGAUGCCUAGGGGUUUACAGCUGCCAUUUGGGAGCUGUGCGAGAUGCCUGUUGGACCCCCUGCGGGCAACACCUCCUCACUGGCUCAUUUGACAACAUGGCUGUGAUCACGGACGUGGAGACGGGACAGCAGGUGGUAAAACUUGACAACCAGUUCAAGGUGAUGUGUGUGGUCCUGCAUCCCAGCAACCCUGAGGUGUUCCUGUGUGGAGGUUAUAGUUCUGUGGUCAAAGCCUGGGACUCCCGCAGCUGCAAGGUGGUAAAAAUGUACAAAGCAGGGAUCCAGCAGACCUUGGACAUCCUGUUUCUCAGAGGUGGUGUAGAUUUUAUAACAAGCUCUGACUGUGUGAGCAGGGACUCUGCAGACCGCACCCUCAUCGCGUGGGACUACCAGACCACAGCCAAGGUCUCCAACCAGAUCUACCAUGAGCGGUACACGUGCCCGAGCCUCGCUCUCCACCCAGUGGAGGAAUCUUUCAUAGCCCAGACCAAUGGGAACUACAUGGCGAUGUUCUCCUCGCAGCAGCCCUACAGAAUGAACAAGAGGCGGCGGUACGAAGGACACAAGGUGGAAGGAUACGCAGUGCAGUGUGAAUUCUCUCAUGAUGGAACAAUCCUAGCCUCAGGGAGCUCCACUGGCUCUGCUCACUUCUACGACUACCACAACGCACGAACGCUGCACACUCUCCAAGCCCACAGCCAUCCGUGUUUGUGCGUGUCCCAGCAUCCCGUUCUACCUGCUACUGCGGCCACCUGUGACUGGGCUGGAGAGAUCAAGGUCUGGCACUGAAGACUCUGAGUAGACGAGUAAAUAUAGACUCAAAAAUUAGAAGAUGAAAAGAUAACAGUUUUACUGUAAUCUCAUGCACACAUCAGUAAUCAUCUCGUAGGAGAGUGAUAUUCUGGUAAAACACUGGAAACCAGCUCAUCUGCUGAAGAACUAAAAACCUUUUACACUUUGUAUCCUGUGUUGCUUUUAUUAUAUUAAUAAUCACCCAUAAUUUCUAAAUCAUUGCUAUGAACUCACUGGCAGAAGACAACAGUAACUUUUGGCCUAUUUUUUCAUUGUUUUCUCAUCCUGAAUCGGAGAAAGUUGCAGAGCUGGAGAUGAAAGGAGGUUUAUUUGCAGUUCAAAGAAUGAAUCGUUGUAAUGAGUUUCAUCUGAAGUGGCAGGCGAAGGGAAUGGAUUUUAUCUUCACACAAGACCUUUUGCUUUUAAAAUCAGGUUUCCACCCCAAAACCUGCUACAUUCAUCAUCGUCACUAUUAUGAUGUUGAGUUUAUUUUUGACGCAAAAGAAGGAAAUCACUUUGGGCGUUUUCUAAUAACUGGUAUUUUUCAUUUCACACUUUGCACCUGCAUCACUCUCCUCUUUGCCUUUUCUGGUUCGCACUGGCUCUGAUAUGACAUUUCCUUUCACACUGACAGCUUAGAGCUUCACAGAGAAACAACAAGAGGAGAGCAGACAUCUGUCAAAACAUUGCCAGGUCCUUUCAAAAGCCUGCCAGUCAACAACAGAGGUGAAGUGCACACAGAUGCCUCUGAUCUUUAUUCUGUAUUUAGUGGAACAGGACUAAAAUACACUUUUCUGUUUGGUUCUAAAGAAUAUUCUGUAGGCAGAAUACUUUUUAGCCUUGUGGGUUAUUUAUACUGCUGUUAAUAAUAGUUAAAUUGACAGUGAUUCUGUCUGCCAUGACACACUAAGGGUUUGCUACUCUGUUGUUCGACUAAAGCUACUGCUUUUUCAUAGCCCUUAUUUGUUCUUAGAGAGAAGCAAGAAGGACAGAAGAUUAACAUCACAAAUUUGGCUUAAAAAAUCAAAGGCUGAGAGCUUUUAAAACUAUUUAACAGGUGCACUGUAUGGACAGAAGUAUUCCUCCACACCUGUUAAUUAUAGGAUCUAUCAGACCUGUUUCCACAGGUGCAUAAAAUCAUCACCUAGCCAUGCAGUCUCUAUUUACAAACUUUUUUUUUAUCCUCUCUGUCGCUGAGAGGAGGAUCAGGAGAGGAGGGUGGGACCUUCUUGGAAGUGG